UCUCGCCGGGAGAGCCUUAGCGGGCUUCCUCUUCGGCACUUCAGCGCGUCCGGACCUCAGGUCUGGGCCACUAGAGUCCGGGGUCCCUGGGAGCUCGGGGUCCGCUACCCCUGGCGCCCUGGGCGGGUGACCAAGGGGCGCAGGAACCACCUACUCCGCGACCAUGCGGAAGCCGGACGGGAAGAUCGUGCUGCUGGGGGACAUGAACGUGGGUAAGACGUCGUUGCUUCAGCGCUACAUGGAGCGCCGCUUCCCGGACACGGUCAGCACCGUGGGAGGCGCCUUCUACCUGAAGCAGUGGCGCUCCUUCAACAUCUCCUUAUGGGACACCGCAGGGCGGGAGCAGUUCCAUGGCCUGGGCUCCAUGUACUGCCGGGGGGCGGCCGCUGUCAUCCUAACGUAUGAUGUGAACCACCGGCAGAGUCUGCUGGAGUUGGAGGACAGGUUCCUGGGCCUGACGGAAACAGCCAACAACGACUGCUUGUUUGCCAUCGUGGGAAACAAAGUGGACCUGGCCAUGGAGCAGGCCCCAGAGGGUGGGAAGAAGGAAGGAGAGGGCUCUGGGAAGGUAGGGGGCAGCUGUGUCUCCUUCAAGGUGCCCAGGCAGGUGCAGCCAGAGGACGCCAUGGCCCUCUACAAGAAGAUUCUGAAGUACAAGAUGCUGGACGAGGGGGAGAUGCCAGCCGCCGAGCGGAUGUGCUUCGAAACCAGUGCCAAAACUGGGCACAAUGUGGACCUCCUCUUUGAGACCUUGUUUGACCUGGUGGUGCCGAUGAUCGCCCGGCAGAAGGCUGAGGAGCCGUCCCAGAUUGUGGAUAUAGCCAGCUGCAAAACACCCAAGCGGACUAGAUCUGGGUGCUGCACCUGAUGGCCGAGGCCUCCCUCCUGUCCUCUGGCGUGUGUGGGAGCUACUGAACUCAGAAGUUCCACAGGACAAUGUGUAUAGAGGGCGCUGGGUAGAAAUGCCCACCAGGGGCUACUACAGGCCAGGGUCCCCAGCAACUUCUGGGCAUCAGGAGGUGAGAACGAAACCCUCUGUGGAGCCAACCUGAUGCCGCCUCGUCUACUGUCCCGUCUUGGGAGCUGCCUUGCAGUGGGCUUGACUCUCACGGUCACUGCAUCCUGCACCAUAUCUGCUCUCUGGGGUUUCCCGUUUGAUGUCUGUACUUGAUAUAUUCUGAUGCCAAGUCUCCGUGGUUGAUUUAUACAAAAUCAUGAAUGGCUGUUUUUAUACCUGGUGAACCCGGGUGGGCUACAUGUUAUUAAAAAGAAUUUGCGGAAAAGCUUUGU